AGGAGCUCAGCUUCACACUGGAGAACUUGAUCUUGACCAACACGUUUGGAUACAUGGGAAAAAAAAACCUUACAAUUACACCUCCAUUCUGAGCUGUAACUACCAAGAAGGUUUCACCUACAACCUCCAUAGCCACACUGGGAUAUCUGAACCUCACAUCAACUUUUUGGGAACAUUAGGCUAUUUUUUUUUUCUUAGUUUUCUUGUCAUUUAUAUAUAUUUUUUUAGUUUUAUUUUUUUCCCCCUCUCUUGGGCUUUAAACUCCUCCGUGAGGUCGCCCCCCUCCUUCCCGCCUGAGAGAGAGGGUGUACAGUAAAAGUUGGCCCGGAGAUGCAGUCCCUUCUCCCGCUUGCUGUGUAUUGCAUCAGCCUGGUUUCCCUCCAGCAGCUGCUGGCGGUGGCGGCGGAGGAGCGUCCCGACAGGAACAGGUUGGACCACCUCAACAAUCUCAUCACUCGGACAGAGGAUAAAGCCUCCAUGUCAGAAAGCCAGAGUCACAUCGCCAUCCCCUCUUCAGCUCCGAGCAAAUCACCCAAUUGGCUGUUCCGUCUCCUGAGGCAUCAACCAGCUUCAGGAGCAAGAACUGCCUCACCAAGCCUGGCGUGGGCACGACCCACUAAGGCUUCACAGAUCGAGCGGAGGCCAUUGAGAGCUCGUCGUCAUGCCCACUCAGGAACCCGAGGUUCUCACCACUACCCCCACCAUGCCCAGCUGAUGAGAGUAGGUUGCGUCCUGGGAACCUGCCAAGUGCAGAAUCUCAGCCAUCGGCUCUAUCAGCUCAUUGGUCAAAGCGGCAGAGAAGACUCAUCCCCCAUCAACCCCAGGAGCCCCCAUAGUUAUGGAUGAGUUAGUUGACACCUUCAAACACCGGCAGCGAGUCUAUCUUUAUCUCCAGUUAUUUAUCUCUUAAUGUAUUACUGGUAGUCUUUGCAUUAGAGUUUGAUGUAGUCCAUCUCUUUAAUCUCAACAUGACAAUUAUACUCCCAAGAAAUGACUGUUGUGCCUCUGAAUUUGAAGAUUCAAAUUCAAGUUCAUGACUGACUUAAUCAUGCUUAAAAAACAAUUUGAGUUCUCCCACCACCCCGAGAGCGUUUCAAAGGACGUUCUAGUCUCAUCAGAGUCUGUUUGGUUCUCCUCCCCUUGAAUGCUCAAAAGAAGCCAAGAGACAUCUUAAUCCUGUUAAUAUAAGAAUGAAGGCUUGUCCUCAACACCAUCCAGUGGCCUGGUCCUGCCUGCCAACUGACCCGCCCUUCGGUGGUUAUCCUGCGGCUCAUUGAUCAAACACUUAAGCCCCUAAUGUGGAUUUCAACCUGCACAUGGAGCUGGAGCCCUGUCAAAACCAAUGUAUUCCCAUAGACCCUGUAAAUGACCCAAUGAACCCUUUUACCUCUCAUCUGUGCCUCCAUUUGCCAACUCUGAAACUCCCAGGACAUUUCACAACUGCAUAUACAUGAACACUGACAUCCCUGGAAUAUUCCACAAGCUUUUCAGUUGGGAAUUGUUCACUCAGCCGGACUUUGUGUUUCAGAACCACAGUUUACAUAUGAAACCAGCCACAGCACUUGGGUUACACCCGAGUUUAAGAGCAUUCUGAGUCACAACUAAACCACACAAACUCUAUGCUGAAAACGAAAAAGAAGAGGGUCAGCUUCCAGUGCCUUGGAAGGACUCUCCAAAGAAACUCAGUCCCCAAAGGAUCAGUUUCAAAGUUGCAUUAUAGUAGCCUGUUGGCCUAACACAGUAGGUGGCAACGUGAGCCUUGGAGCCAUGGAUCAGGGCUCCAUCGCAACGCUGCUGGCACUUUCCCCACAGGAGGCCAAGUCUGAAAUAUUAGCCUUUUCACGUGAUUCAUAAGUUCCCCUUGCAAGUCAGGACUUUAGGUUGACAGCAGUUUAAUAAACCUGACCCAAUCACUUCAGGCAUAUGUGCCGCCACAGCAGGAUGGGGAGGGGGCUCAACCUCCCAUGGUCUACACAGUCUAUGUUAAUACAUAAAUACGAAGAGCAAGGCAUGUGGCUUCCAUACAUAUGCACAUAUGCAGCCUUAAGGUUUGCAGAUACAAAGAAUUUCCCCCUACUUUGAAGAAUAUUUGGGGAUUUUCCAGAGUAACAUGGAUUCUUAUUUUGGAGAGAAUGUUGCUACUGAAUGUUUUAAAUGCCAUUUUCUAGUGCUGAGUACUACAGCAAAAAUUCCAUUCACCCCCACUGUAUUGAGAUGGAGGUAGAAAUCUCUAAAAGUUGGCAAAUACACCUGUAGUUAGUCAAACAGAAAUGUUGCAAAAGAAUGGAGAAAUAAUGGUCAACUGUUCCUUACAUUUCAUACUAACCCUACAGGCUUGGGUGGUAUCCAUAUUUUACUGAAACUAAACUGGGGUGUACGGUAUAUGAUCGUAUUUGUGUGCAGUGCUACCUUGUCUGCCCCUCCCCAAAUGGUGAGUUUGCUAUAUUUCGCCAACUCUCUUGGCUUUUUUCUGGCUAAUAAAUGAACAAUAUAAGCUUACAAAAUGUCAAGAAAGGUAAUACACCUAUUUUCCUUAUUAAACAAAAAAAUACAACUGUACACAUUCUGAAAUCAAGUUCCUUUCUUUUAGCGAACCAAGACUAACAUUAGUUUAAUUUUUGUGCUAACUCAUUAUAGCAAUAAAAAAAACGUACCAAAACCACCUAAGCUAGUAUUGUUAGUGGUUUAGUUAGUGAGUCCACUGUUCCAAAAAUCACCAGUUUUGGUUUGGUUUUAACCAAACCAAAACACAGAGAUAAAUGUGAAAGUACGAUGUUUUUCCCUGCCAUUGCCAGCAGGUUGUUUACAGUCCUGUAACAUUAUCCCCACCAAUCACAGCUGCCAUCUUCCCAGCUGCCUGUUCCACCAGUAGAGUGAUCUCUGGUGGUGCGUGAUGCGCAUAACAUAUAAUACAUCCUCGAUACAGCAUCUCCAUCCAUUAGAAAGAUGAACAUCCGUAUUUUUAUCGCUACUCAAAAUAACAUCAUCCAAAUUUUUAAAUAUCCUGUUAUACCGUAAUACCAUGAUACCACCCAAGCCUAUAGUAUGCAUAGGCCUAUAUAAACUAUUCUGUUGGCAGUAGUAUGUUUAAUAGCUUUGAGUUAGUCCUGAAGCGACAGUUAAAGACUCUACUGCUACAUAGACGGUUUCUUAUGAGAAACCGCGGUGACCAAAAUGUUAGGUGUGCCUGAUUUCAAAUAUGUACACAAAAUAACAUAGCGCCAUAAAAAAACAACAUGCUUCUUUUUAUGUCCCUCUCUGAAUUGGUGGGCGUGCGAUGGACCGAGAAUAACUGAGGUCACGCUCCACUCAUCAAGCAUGCUAACAUUUGGCCAAAAUGUUCCCAAAUAUGCAACCGUGUAUAUGAAACUCACAUUUUGGUUGAGAAACAUAAUUUUAUGACAUAUUGCUGUCAUAUUUCUACACGUCUAUUCCAGGACUUUACUGUUUGGGCAGCCUGAUCUUAACUUGCAGGGAGUGGUUGAGUGUUUCACAGCGGGAAUAGAGGCCAAACUGUUUGCCCACUUAUGAACACAGUUAUUUAGAUCAUCACAUCUAGUAUUUUUCACUCUUUUUCAUCUACAUACAAUUUCACAAAUAUGGUAUUCCAAAAAAGGAUUAGUUUAAAUUCACCAAAUACCUGGUAAUACUUGACAAAUCAAAUUACUUAACAUGUGAUCUGCAUCUUAUAAUAAUGUAUUCUUUUAUAUCUUAAUUUGUGUCUUUUGAUUUUACUGUGUCUUUACUCUCUCUUUUUUUUUAUACAUCUAGUCUCUAAGCCCCAUCCUGGCUCUCUUUUCUCUUCUGACUAUAAUCAUGGAGGUCACAGGGUAAUAAUCAGUGGUGUCUUAAAUCUAAUCUGUUCAAAGGCUUGCUGAGGUGAAACAUGCCAUUCUGUCUGCUGUAAUGGAGCUAAUCGAUGUCUCGUGACAGAUCAUUAAAAGGCUUUUCAAAACGCUGAAAAAUCCUGGUGGAUCUCUCUGCUUUUUAAAAAUGUACUAUUCCAGACACACGAGAUGUGUGUGUGCGUAUGUGUUGAGCUGCUGUAUGAAGCCUAUCAGGACACUUAUCUCCUGUGUUUGAUCUGUGCUCUGGACCAUUGUGCUCCCAGACUUUGUUUUUUUUCUUUCUUUUUUUCUGCGCAGUAUGUUUUUGUGACGUCAGGAGUUGCGUCACGUCGAGAUGUGUGAGCAAACUGUGCGUGACCGCCAAUACCUCCCCACAGAAACACCUUUCAUGGCUCUGUGUUGCAAAGAGUGCAGAGUGUAAAAUGUUAGUUUUGUAAGAUAGUGUGGAUCCAGUUCGAUGUUUUGUUUUGUUUUUGCUGUUUCCAUUUAAAAGUCACACGAUGUCCUUUAGGGUCACAGGAAAGCACUUUAACACAAACACGUGUGAAUCUCACUCAUUGUAAUGAAGUUGUGAAAGUUGGACAGGGUUCCUCUUGAAAAUGUUGCAUUUGAGAUUAUCUGCAAAUGUGUUUGAAGACGUCAGUGCACUCCAUGUGGCGUUGGGAUGACAGUGAACGUAGUGUGCACCUGUGAAUAUCGAUAUAUAUUCAGUCAAACUAUUUAAAGAAAGUUAUGUAUUUAAGUUAUCUUUGUAUGUUAAUAUCUGUAUGUCACCAAAGAGUAUUUAUCUCACCUUUUACACUGCUCCUUAAACGUGACCUUAUGGUAGGAAACAAAGUCUUAACUGUAGUUAAAAUGUUACUGUUUGAAAAUGUCCUUCACUCUGUAAAAUAAAGAACUAUACUGUAAUGUGA